CGUGCCACUCGCCUCUUUAGAACUCAAGUCCCUACAAGCAGCAUGUGGAAGCUGCUGGUUCUCACAGCUUUCCUGUCACUGGAAAGUGGGCACGUCAAUUGCCUGCAGGGCCAUGACACGGAUAUUAACGCCGUGACAACGCAGGCCUCGAUGCCAUAUCAGUUCUCCUACCACGCCGACGCCUCUGAGGGCAGCCACUCCCGCAGCGAGCAACGAGAUGAUAGCGGAAGGGUGACUGGACAUUACACCAUCACUACCGAAGAAGGACAGCAGCGUGUCGUUUGCUACGUUGCGGACGAGAACGGCUUCCGUGCUUGGGUGGACACAAACGAGCAGGGCACCGCCAACGAAGAUCCUUCCAGUGUCAGCAUCCGGUCUUCCGCAUCCGGUACCGGUGAUGCACCCAGGCAACCAAUCAAAGGAAUUUGCGGGCGUCCUCCCGCCACUACUCAGACCGUCGUCCCGCCCCCAUCUCCUCCUGCUGUAGUAGUACCACCGGUCCGUAAGCCAGCGUACGUUCCAGUAAAGGAAGUCACCGUGGUCCAACCACCACCCGUCGUUCACAGACCACCACCACCUCCUCCUCCACCACCCAAGACGGUCAUCGUGCAGGAACCACCGAGGGCCGUUCUGCCGCCUCCUAGUAGAACUGAGUUCGUACCGACCGCUGAAGUGACUAUUGUUGAACCAAAACGGCCCGUCAACUACCCGCCGCCACCCCCUCCUGCUCCGGUUGUGAAGACCGUGUAUGUUCCGCCUCAACAGGUCAUCGUCCAGGAACCACCGAGACCCAAGACACCAUUCCGUAAGGUUUCCUACCAACCAGACGACGAACCAUCAAACGUUCCAGUAGCUCCCGCGCGUGAAGUCUACUACCCGUCGCCAGUGCCUCCAAGGCCAACGGUCGCUCCUCCUACCUUCGUUCCCCGCCAGGAUACCUACGGGCCACCGUCCAGACACGUCUACGUCCCACCUGUCCGUAGCGUGACCUAUGUCCCAGUUGUACAAAAAGUAGUGGCUAAGGUUGUUCCAGCCGGAGGCGAAGUACCCACUAGAGGUUAUGCCGUCAGGAAAGUGUACCGACCUCCACAAGUAACGCGGUUCGAACCUAGCCCACAGGUGACAUACCAUACCAACCGCCGCGUCGCUACCGGCGGUUACGGAAACCCGGCUUACGACGUGCCCAUCGGAACAUCUUACAAGAUGACCGUGUCGCGGUCAUCUUACGACCAGCCGAGGCAGAUUUACGAGUACGCCAGCCCAACAUCAUAUACCUAUCAAGGUCGCCCUUCGUCAUCCUACAGACAGCCUUGUUCAAGUUGCGGGUCCGCGUCGUCGGGCUAUGAAACUGCGCCUUCAUCUUACCCAAGUCCAAGCUCCAGACGAAGGACAAGACCCUCUUCCUACUCCAGAAACCAGGACAUUUACGAAUUCGACCAGCCAACCUAUGGCUAAAGGACCAAAGACGUCUUCUCCAUCAAAAUCAAAGAAAGCUUGAUGUAUGCACUUCGUUGCCUCAUGUAUUUUUUUUUUCUGUUUACGGUGUGUGUUUUGUUUAAUAAAAUACAAAAAUACGAAACCAGAGAACGUGACAUAUCAUACAUAUAAUUGUCGAUCAAUCCAAGCCUCGCAGUUGGCGGCACAAUGAUAAGGAUAUCUUCCUGUGCUUGUGUUCUAGGCAGUCGACAACAUCUCAGCUCUCCUUUUACUGUUUUUGCGUGUGCUCGUGUUUGUAUGUUGCUAUUGUUCGUGCUGCCGACAUUGUGACGCGGUAGAAAGUUCGGUCUGCAUAUCCCUAACAUGUAUAAUUGCAACAUGUGCAUGUGCAGACACGUUAUAAUGUGCAUAUAGAAUGGCGGAGCUCAAGGAUCUCAUCUACGUUGUUAAAUCCAGUCUGUACAGUUUCACUACGGUUAAUAAACGGUGUCCCCGUUUUGCAAAUGAA